AUGGCUGAAGCAGAAGAAACACAGCAAUUCCUUCGAAUUUCGGUCUACACACCGUUGAUCUAUGUUGCUGUUAUGGCAACAGCAUUCGUGGCCUUUUCUGUCUUUUAUAGGCGCCACAGGCUCCGCAAAUUGAUCGAAGUGGAACCUCUUUUCGGUCGGAACUACUCGUUGGAGUUAUAUAUCUUGCUUAAGGACAAAUUCUACAACAAACUGUUACCCAAAGAGGGCCGUCCACCGGAAAAGGUCGUGAAGGCCGCAUUGUUGAGACGUGCUGUGGAGGCAAUCAGAAGAUCGCUAAAGUUGAAAGAAAACGAGCCAGUUUUCAACAAGUUGUACCAAGAGGGGCUCAUUGGAGAUGAGCUUUUCAAACAGUUCGGUCUCCAGAGCAAGAUCCAACAGUUAGAGUUGAAAGAAAUUGUUGAGGAAUGUCAGCAGUUCAGCAAAGAGUGGCCAGCCACAUUUUUCCCUGUAGCUCAAGAAAUCUGCUACAAUGAAGCCUUGAGAAGACGCCUUCAUGCAAUGGACGAUCGUUCCAAGAGCUUGUCCGAGUUAUGGAACUACUAUGUUGACCAGCUGGAGCCAAAGAAAUAG